AUGUCGGCCUCAAGAGCAGUCAAAUUCAACGAAGGCAUCGUCGAUGAUUACACGCCCGUACAGACGACCGCUAUCAUGAUGGAAGGCGCAGUCAAGAAGCACCAACAGCGUAUUGACCAUCUGUUCAUCAAGUCAAUCCUGGCCGGUAUACAGCUUUCCGUUGCUGGACAGCUCGUCAUCACUGUGGCAGGACCUGUCUAUGCCAGCCAGACUUUGAUGCCGUUCUGGCAUCUCAUCGCAGGCUUCGUCUAUCCCGUCGGUCUCGUCAUGAUUCAGCUGACCGGAUCCGAGCUCUUUACGUCCAAUAUGUGCCUUGCCUACGAGACCGGAUUCAACACGUUCGCCAUCACAUUUGCGCAACAAAAGAUUGCCAAUGGCGUAAGAUGGCAUGAAGUUUUUCUCAAAGGCAUCGGUGCCAACUACCUCGUCUGUUUGGCCGUUUUCAUGUCCAUCUCGGCAAGGAGCAUCGUUUCCCGCGUCCUCGUUAUAUGGAUUCCGGUAUGGACGUUCGUGUCUAUCGGCUUCGAACAUACUGUAGCUGAUAUGUUCUUCAUGCCAAUUGCGAUCAUGGUCGGCGCCCCAGAGAUAACGACACGCUACUACGUAUCCAAUGGGAUCAUACCGACAGUGCUCGGGAAUUAUGUGGGAGGCGGUCUGUUCGUUGGAACAGUCUAUUGGUGGGUGUUCGGUCUCUAUCAGGAAGACGCUCUGCUGGCGGAAGAGCGAGGCGAAGGCGUGGCCGUUGCAGGCAUGACGCCCGGGCCUGCAAACGCAUCGAGGUCACGCUCAAGAUCACGCAAAGGCUUGAAACCGGGCAGCUCGCCAUCUCGGCCAAGCAGGGUGCAGGACAAGACUUAUGCACAUCGAGCAGGUCGCUGGCGUUCCUGGCGUCGCUCGAGCGAUGCUACUGCAGUCGAUGCUUCGCUCAAAAGUAAGUCCGAAAAUGCAAGCGCAGGUCGAGAUGCAUCGAACAGUCCCAUGACGGAGAAAAGUAGCUCCGCGCAAGCCUAUGUACGUCCUGCUGACGAUCUAGUCUGA